CCCCCGCCCCUCUUCCAGGCCGCUGAAAGCCGCGCCGAGAAAUGGCCGCAGCCGCCGCUCCGUCAGCCGCCUGCGGCCCCGCGGCCCUUCCGCUGGCCGAUACUCACCUCACCCCGGGCGCCCCGAGCGAGCCAGCGGCCGCGGCAGCCGCCCUGCUGAACGGCGCGGCGUCGGGUGGCAAGAGCUGCCGCUCGGAGGCGAAGAGCGGCGGCCGUUGCCAGGCCUCGAAGCAGCAGCAGCGGCGGCGGCAGCGGCGGCGGCGGGAGGACGAGGAGGAGGAGGAGGACGACGACGACGACGACGAGGAAGAGGAGGAGGAAGACGAGGAGGAAGAGGACGAGGACGACGAGGAGGAGGAGGAAGAGGACGACGAGGACGAGGAGGAGGAGAGUGAGCCCGGCAGGGCCCGCUCCCACUCGGGCGGUGGGCAACCCGCUCCCCCGGGCCCGGCCCGCGGCCCCCAGCACCAGCCGGCGGCCAACGCGGCGUCCCGGACCGGGGCCAGGGGUGGCGGCGGCCACCAGCAGCACCACCAGCAACAGCAGCAGCGCGGCCGGGACGAGACGGCGGCACCGGCCUCGGGCAACAGGAGGCAGAGUUUGGAGAACUCGUCGGACGGGGAGCCGCUCAGCCGCAUGGACUCGGAGGACAGUAUCAGCAGCACCUUAAUGGAUAUGGACAGUACUAUCUCCAGUGGACGCUCUACUCCAGCGCUGAUAAAUGGUCAUGGAAGCACUACUUCAGGAAAGAAUAUCACUUACAACUGCUGUUGGGACCAAUGCCAGACCAGUUUCUGCUCCAGUCCAGAUUUGGCAGAUCACAUCCGUUCAAUUCAUGUGGAUGGGCAACGCGGAGGGGUGUUUGUUUGCCUAUGGAAAGGGUGCAAAGUGUACAACACGCCAUCUACUAGCCAGAGCUGGUUGCAGAGGCACAUGCUCACACACAGCGGAGACAAGCCAUUUAAGUGUGUUGUUGGUGGGUGCACUGCUAGCUUUGCAUCUCAAGGUGGCCUUGCUCGUCAUGUCCCCACUCACUUCAGCCAACAAAACUCUGCAAAGGUCACUAGUCAGCCGAAGGUUAAGGAAGAGUCCCCUUCUAAAGCAGUAAUGAAUAAACGAAGGAGGCUAAAAAAUAAGCGACGACGCUCAUUACCAAGACCACAUGACUUUUUUGAUGCUCAAACAAUGGAUGCCAUAAGACAUCGUGCCAUCUGCUUUAAUCUGUCGACCCAUAUUGAAAGUCAUGGAAAUGGGCAUAGUGUUGUGUUCCAUAGCACAGUAAUAGCACGGAGGAAAGAGGAUUCUGGGAAGGUGAAAGUGCUGCUUCACUGGACGCCAGAAGACAUUUUGCCCGAUGUAUGGGUGAAUGAAAAUGACAGAUCUCAACUGAGGACAAAAACAGUUCAUUUAUCAAAACUACCACAGGAUGCUGCUUUACUCCUUGACCCAAACAUAUACCGGCCGACUGGCUUCCUACAACAUUAUGAACAUGGCUCCAUGGUUGACACAUGACAACUAAACUUCAUAUAAGUCUAGAAGAAGCAGCACAGGACAAUGCCACAGAAGAGGCUGAAAAGGAGGUAAGGCCCGAUCCAGGAACCAAAAUGGUGUCAAAUUUAGCCGCCAAGACUGGGAUAGAAUAUUGCACAUUAGAAUCAGUUGUUCCCCCAGUCUUAGCUCAUUAUUUGUACUAAAAGCAGACUUUGGGAGAAUGGAUCUGAAGCUUCAGUUGGGUUCGCACUCCACCCUUUUCAACGGUACAAUGGAAAAACUCUACAGGGAACGCUUGGUAUCUAUUGGGAGAAAGUGCAAUGAGAAACUUUCUCCUGCGAUUCGUUUGCUUGCUGCUUCAGGCUGUGCCCCUUUCUAAUCUCAAAUCAGGAUUUCAAAUUUCACAAGGGUUUCCAAACAAAAAAAUAUCUGUCUAUCUUCUGGUUGAAGUACAGACAACUUUUUUUGUCUCCUGUUUGUUACGUGUGGAGUAAUGCCUCAAUGUAACGGGACUCAUUGUAUUGUUUUUCUUUAAUCUGUAUCUUUUAAACAUCUUGAUAGUAAAAGGUCAUGAGUUUAAGAUCCGGGAACAUUUAAACAUGACAUCAGUCUUUUAAAAUGAAACGGAUCUUAGACAUUGAAAAUGGAUUACUUUCUACCGCCAAUUUAGGAUGCCAAUCUUCUGGGGGAGUAAAGGCUGGAAAGUUUUAAUUCAAUGCACCAAAGCUUGCUGCAUAGAAGAUCUUAGAGUCGAAAUUAACCAACUGUUUGCAUAGUUGUUAAUCUUCAUGCUUGUGUACACAUGAAAAGAGCCUGUAUUUUUACUUGUAUGAAAAUGAGAAGAUUUCUAGAAUAUUCUGUAACAUCCUAGACAUAGUUUCAGAAGGCGUAAAGAGUUGCAUAUAGUUAAUAGUAAAUUGCCUGUAAAUAUUUCUGCAGAUUUGUAAUAUAUUUUUAUACUUUAAAAUGUACUGUAGAUUUUAAUUUUGGUUUAUCUUUUAGGAGCAUGGAAGCAAAUUUUGAAAUGUAUAUAUUAUGGUAGAACAAAUGUUGAAGGAUAAUGUAAUUCACUUGAGCUGGCAGAAUAUCUGUUAACAAACCCUCCCUGGAUCCCAGAAAAGUAGCACCUUUCCUAAUUAUAAAUAUAAAGGGACAUUUGCAGUUUGCUGCAACUGCCUAAUACUACUGCUAAUGUCUUAAAGUUUUGUUCAGGAUGUAAUCAGCAUGACUUGGAUUGUGUCUUUAAACUGUACAGAAGGCUAGUUUUCAUGGACAGAGGCAGGCUUUCUUUAAAAAGGCCUUCAGUAAAGUACCCUUGUUUCAUUCAGUUGUAAGCCGUUCAUGCAAUGUACCCGAGCACUUCAUCUGUAUCCACUGCUUUGUUCUGCAUCUAAAUCAACGCCACUGCUUUAUCGGCUAUUUUUUUUAUAUAAUAAAGUACCA